GAAUUUCGGAUUGUUCCUCGAGUUUAUGGUGCAACAGAACAUAUAAUUUCUUUUCCCAGACCAAUCAAAGCCAGAUACGUAAAAUUAAAUGAAUCGCUUGCAAAUCCAACACUUGAACAACGACGCUUAGAUUUUAUAGUUUACGGUUGUAAAUUGACAGGUAUCAUUGAGUUUACCAGCAACAGUAUAUCUGAAAUGCUACCUCUAGAUCAAGAAUUGCGAUCCGGAAACUCAUCUUCCAUUAGUAAUACAAGUGUUGAGGAAUGUAAACAUCUUUGUAAAUCAAAAAAAGGUUGUAGUGUUGCCAGUAUCAAUGAAGAGAAAAUUUGUUAUCACUACAUGGGUAGUGAACUUGGGAUAUGGAAAAAUACUAAGAUUACAAACGGCAGUCAAUGGUUUGCCAAGCUACAAAACAAUGUAUCUAUGGUAUUAUUUCCGAGGGCUUACCAGAGAGAAUCGUUUUUUGGAAACGUACAGUACAUAGAUGAUGUCUCUAUAAUAACAUCACCCAGUUACCCUCUAACGGCAAUUUUAGACAAUGAUAUACUAUGGAUUAUUAAUUUUGCACCAGGACAGUUUGCCAAAUUUGUUUUCACAAAUGUUUCACUAUCUGAGUGUGAACUAAUUGUCAAAACAUCGAAAUAUGGUAACAAAGGAUUUAGCAUUGACACGCGGUACAACGAUAAUGUAUUUGUAUUAGAAACAGAUGAAAACCUGUUGUUCUUAUCAGCAAUGCCAAAGACAACGACAUUGACACCAAAGAUAAAAUUCCGGGCAAUUGUAACUGCUGAGGACACUCCAGCCUGUUUUUCACUACAUUUAAAUGGACUAUCCAAUAUUAGACAAGAACUGUGCAAUAAACCAAGUAUGUUUCUUGUAUCCCUUUCUUAUUUGAAUCAACCAUUCAAGUGGGAAGAGUUCGAAAUUCAAGCCGGAAAACAUCAAAGCAUUGUCAUCACCUUCAUUGAUGUCCGCAUAGCGUGUUUUAGAUAUAUAGGCCUAGGUAAGUUAAUUCUAAUAUACAAAUCUAUGUUGUUGUUAUUUUUUUAUUUCUUUUUGUAAAUGAAAAUUGAUGUGGUUCUUAUGUAAAGCAAAUGCAUAUUGGUUACACAGUAACUGUUUAUGUUCAAUUUGUCUUUUUACUUUACUUAACACAACAAUACUUUCAUGUUUGAAUAUGUUUAAUUAUUUUGUGUAAGCUCUGCAAAUGAUGGCUAUUUACCAAAAGAUUUUAUUGGUAUCUACUCUCGCUUUCGUUCUAUGUUAAAAGAUCGUUUGAAUAUUAAUCCUUCUAUUAUAUCUAUUUCUGGAGACAAGUGGUAGCCUAAUAAGGAUAUACUUUGGUCCA